AUGGCGAUACUCACUGACGAUGCCGACUACGAUGCCGGCGAAACGUCUUGGAAUGUACCACGUCCACGGUCCGACUUUGGAAAUGAUCAUGCAGGCAAUGGACUCCGGACAAGGUUGAUCAAUCGUGUUAACGAUUCCUUCCGUAUCCGUUCUGUCUCCAGGAUAUCCUCUUCUGGCUACAAAACCUCCAGCAAGGCGCUUAUCGCCUUCUCACCUAAGAUGUUUUGUUCAUGGAUUGUACAUCGAAACUCACCAAAAGUUCCGACCCCACCAACCCAAUGUUCUGGAUCCUUCGAGAAAAUUCAUGUGAAUUCUUAA